AUGAAAUAUUCAGUAAUUGUCUUCUUAUUGACCGUUUGGUUGGCCUUAGCUUUGGCUCAGAAGUCAGAGAAUGCGACUGAGAGUCAGACUAAUCAAAGACAGGGACGGUUUGAUGAGAGGAAGUUCCGGUUUGAUCAGGACAAGAAGGAAUUGUCGCAAUUCUUGAACACCAAGAAUAUUGUCAAAACUGUGGUGAAGCUAUUGUUCGGAUCCACCGAAGAAAGUUCUGCCACUUCUCGCCAAGUGCUCAAUGUUUUGGUUAAAUUCUUACUGGAGGUGUUAGAUAUGUUGAAGUCAUCCUUCGGUCAAAGGGCGCGGACCUCCGCCUCGAGAGGUAUUCGCGACUCAAUAGACGACGCGGCGGUGGCCGGCAUUUCAGUGGUUAAGGGAUACGUGAGAUCUGUGCUCACAAGCGACGAGCACUGCAUUCAGAAGCAUACCUGCGAGGCAUCAGCCCUUGCCUCCAGAGAGGGGCGAGAACUGGGAUAUCUUAUCGCGCAAAUGGGAGGAUAUGCCUCCAGUUAUCUGUUAGAGAGCCAGAAGUCGGUCCCAUUCAGUGCUAACUACGAGGCCUCACGUCAGGGAAGGAAUGGCGCCGAUUGUACUAAAUUAUAUCAGACCUGCAAUGAAGCCGAUUAAGUGUUUGACUUCUCAAACAUGUUUUACAAAAAAUAUGUUUAAAUUGUCGGACAACCUGUUUGGAUGAAGAACUCAUUUGAACACAUUUUGUGAACACUAUUCAGACCACACUAUCGCACCCUCUGCUCCU